UUACAAUAUUCAUUUAUGUAGCCAAAUUAAAUUUGUCACGUAAAUGUGACAAUUAAUAUUGGUCCACAUCAUUUUGCUUUCAUGACAAGACCGGCCAUUUAGUGACCUACUGUAUGUUCUACAACAAUUAUUGGAAAAUGGAAAUUAAAUAUCCCAACAAAAAAAAUAAGAGCAGAAACAGAGAUUCACUUUGCGAAAAAGUCGCACGCACACAUAUAAAAGACAGGACUAGAGGAACAGAGGAAGAAGAAGAGUCACUGUGAUCACCACCACCGUACGAUCAAAUUCAAACUAUGUCAACGGCUCUGAUUAACUCUAUUACCUACUUCCUCUCCGAACAUCCAUACAUCGUCGGAUUCCGUUGGAGUAACAGCCAAUCAUGGGGCUCCACGUGGUCUUUCCUCUUCACAUCAAUCUCCCUCUAUAUCGCCGUCUCAUCCUCCCUCCACAUCCUCCUCUCCGCCGUACGCCGAAGUAACCGUUCCGUUCCUUUAGGUCACAUCCCCGAAAUCCACAGCCUUCUCAUGUCGAUCCUCUCCGCCACCAUUUUCGCCGGAAUCCUCCUCUCCGCUGCCGCAGAGAUCCGUGACACACGGUGGUUAUGGCGGCGGAGCAAAACCGCCACUCCUCUCCAAUGGCUUCUCUGUUUCCCUCUCGGGACUCGUCCCUCUGGUCGUGUCUUCUUUUGGUCAUACGUGUUUUACCUCACGCGCUUUCUCCACAUGUUCCGUACGAUUUUCGCCGUUUUACGUAGCCGGAGGCUCGCCGUGUCUCAGCUCUUUUGUAACUCCGUCAUGGCCUUCACGUCUUUCCUCUGGCUAGAAUUCUCGCAGUCGUACCAGAUUCUAGCGAUUCUAUCGACGACUCUGGUUUACUCGGUGGUUUACGGUUAUAGAUUCUGGACCGGGUUUGGUUUACCCGGUUCGGCUUUCCCUUCGUUUGUGGUGAAUUGUCAGUUGGUUCUCGUGGGCUGUAAUCUCGUGUCUCACGCUGGGGUUCUUACGAUGCACCUCUUUAAAGGUGGAUGCAAUGGGAUUGGCGCGUGGGGUUUAAACUCGGUUCUCAACGAUAUACCACAAUACCCACCAAAAUGUGGUGAUAGAGGAAACAAAGGUUUACAUGGUGGAUCAUGGACGAGGAUGAUCAAAAGCUUAUACUCUUUACCAAGUGAAAAUGCAUUUUGGAUAAGAGGAAAAAUUAUUAAAAGCGAGAAAACAUAAUAUGGUUUGAGACUGAUGUGUUAGAUUGUAAGAGCUGCAAUUGUAUCUCUCUACUUGGGGACACACUUUUGAUUUUCUAUUUACCGUUUGAAUGCCGUAUAAGGAAAUGUACAGGUCAAACGAAUAUGGUCGAGUGUUCGCCUUAGACCAUUGUAUAAGGAAAUGAACUAUGUCGACUAUAUUUAAUAUUUGGGCCUAGUAUAAUAUUACUACACUUAAUCAAAGUUAAG